AUGCUCGACACAACUUCCAGCUUCUCCUUUCUAAAAUUCCUGGUGGUGGCGGGCGUUGGUCUGUUUGGUGAUGGAUACCUGAACCUGAGCAUCGGGCUUGCUGUUCCCAUGCUCGGAUAUCUCUAUUUCCAAGAUGAGACGAACGCAAUCCCUACUGUCCCGGCAGAUACGAUUAAAGCUUCGCUCUCCAUGGGCAUGAUCGUGGGCCAGAUCGGCUUUGGCAUCUUUGGCGACGCCCUGGGCCGUCAUAGGAUCUACGGCAAAGAGCUUAUAGUGACAAUACUUGGAACCUUGCUGGUUAUCUUGAUGCCGUGGAAGGGCUUCUCGCACCACGAUGUUGUCGCAUGGAUGUCCGUGUUUCGUGUGGUGACAGGUAUCGGCAUCGGCGGAGACUAUCCGAUGACCUCAGCUUUAUCCGCUGAACACAACCCCCUGCGCUCGAGAGCGAAACUUGUCCUGACAGUGUUUGCCUCUAUCGGUCUUGGAGGCAUGACUUCUGGCAUCGUCUAUCUCAUCCUCCUUGCUGCCUUCAAGUCGUCUGUCAACGACAACAUUUACCAUCUGCAAUGGGUGUGGAGGUUAUUGUUCGGCAUUGGACUCAUUCCACUUAUCAUCACACUGUAUUUCCGGUUGACAAUGCCUGAAAGCAAGCCCUAUCGACAAUAUGUUGCCGAGGAGACAUCCCUCAAAAGGGACGGCAAACGAGGGCUCCGUGAGCAAUUCCGAGAUUUCAGGGAGUAUUUCUCGCAAUGGAAGCACGCCAAAGUCCUGUUCGCUGUCAGCAUGUGCUGGUUUCUCUUCGAUAUUGCCUUUUACGGAGUCAACCUCAAUCAGAGCAUCGUGCUUUCGAGAAUUGGAUACGGCAAGGGACCAACCCCGUGGCACACCCUGUGGAACACCGCCGUGGGCAACAUCAUCGUGGCGGCUGCGGGAUAUCUCCCAGGCUACUACAUUGGAAUUUUCCUCCCAGACUGGAUCGGCAGAGUGAAACAGCAAUUCUACUGCAGCGCCGCCGUCGCCGUGCUGUACGCGAUCUGGGCGGGUGUGCUCAACCACAGCUCCACGGCCGGGCUAGUGACGCUGUUCACACUGUCGCAGUUGGUCCUCAACAUGGGCCCCAACUGCACCACGUUUCUCAUACCGGUCGAGGUGUUCCCGACCCGGGUUCGCGGCACCGCGCACGGCAUCGCGGCCGCCUCGGGCAAGGCCGGCGCCAUGGUGACCGCCUUCUCCUUUGGCUCGCUCACAGACGCCAUCGGCCUGCCUGCCGUGCUCGGCAUCCUGUCCGGGAUCAUGGCUCUCACUGCGCUCUGCACGCUGUUGAUUCCCGAGACGAAAGGCCGUACUCUGGACGAGAUCGAACAGGGUGUUGUCUAUGGUGUCAAAGCCAGCGGCACGGCGUCGAGCAUGGGCGAGUCUCCCGUCUUGGAAGGCAAGACAAAGGUCCAUGUGAGCGCCGACGGCAAGGGCAGGGACCUCGAGUCUAUCUGA